AGGGGAGAUGAGUGAGAGGAAGCAGGCAGCAAGAUGCAGGGACUUGUAAGGUGGUGUGAGAGACACGAGGAAGAUGUCCCAGGUGGCAAGGCCCAGAGCUGGCUUUGGACGUUGACCUCAGGACCCCAAGGUGCCCAAGUCCCUGGGGGCGGGUUCAGAGGAGGCUGUGACCUCCCAGAGCUCCAUGGAGCCAGGGACCUGUCUCUGGCUGCUGCUUCUUCUCCUGCUGCUGUUCUGUGCCUCAGACUCCCAGGCAGAGAAUGUGUAUACCACAGUCCGUCACCGAGAGGGGGAGACACUGUCUGUUCAAUGCUCCUACACGGUGCGUUCUGACCGAUGGGAGGGCAAGGUCUGGUGCAAGGUGAGGAGGAAGAAGUGUGACUCAGGAUUCAGUCGGGGCUCAGGAUUUAGUCCCCCCUACCAGCUCCAUGAUGACUCCCAGGCCGGUCUCCUCAUCGUCACCAUGGAAAGACUUCGACACCAGGAUUCUGGGAAAUACUGGUGUAUGAGGAACAGUUCACGCUCCCUCUACCCUGUGAAGGGUAUUCAGCUGGUGGUUUCACGAGCUCCUUCGACUGAGAGAAACACCCCACUGAUUACAAAGGAAGCCUCCAUCCAGGAACCAGGCCACAUCUUCAGGAUUUCUGUCACCCCUGGCCCAUUACUCAAUGAGGACAAAGACAUGCCCAUGUUUUCUCCCAUCACUACUUCUAUACCUGCCUCAGUGGGCAGGAUGCCAGCUGACACAGUUACUCUCCCUACAAUAGCCAGAGCAGUGACCCCUGUGCCUAGAGUGACCAGGAGAUCCACACCAGUCACCAGACCCAUAACCACUGCCUUGUUAAGGAUGACCACAAGACCCACAGCAACUAAUGUAUCUCCUCACAAGGCAAGAUCCACUCAUGUUGCUCCAGUGAUGUUGAUCACAGUCAAGACCAGAUCCCCCAGUACCAGAUGCACCACCACCAUAUCAUACCCCAAGAGAUCACCUCCUAAAAGUAUCAACAACUCUGGCCUCGCUGUCCCCAUGUUGUUGGGGGGAAGUUUUGCAUUCCUGAUGUUUUCAGUUGUAAUAUAUGUCCUAUGGAAAAAGAAACGCAUGGGAAGUUACUAUGUAUGAGAUGCUCCAGUUUUACCCUGGUCAAAUAGGCCUGAAGAACUGGAACCCUCAGAAGCAGGCUAAGUCUAAGUAGUCUGAGACUACCCUGUCCCAGCCACGAUGGAAGGAAGAUCAUCUUCCAACUGGCUCUCAGGUGCUGGAAUCAGCAGAGAGGAAGAUGGUUAAUGAAGAGUUGAUUCCAUUGUCCAGUGGGAUGAGAAUCCAUCCCUGCUCCUGAAUUCAGAGGAUGGCUGCCUAUUAUAGGAGGAUUUGGGUAAUACUGGGGGUUGUAUUUGUCUUUAGAAACCAGAUACCAUUCCCCUCCCAAACCUGAAGGCAAUGAAUGAGAAAGCUCAGUCUCCAGCCCAUUGCUGAUGGGGCAGAAGAGUGGGGCAGAGACCCAGACAGCCUGCUCAGCUUGGGAAAAUUCCGUUGUGAGCCUUUGCAGGCAGGCAGUGACACUAGAUGCAGCAUUGAAAUCUUUUCUAGAGCUACCACCUGAAGACAGGAGGAUCUUGAGCCUUCUCUUGGUUAUAAGGUUAUCCUAGAAAGAAUUCCAGAACAGAGCAAACCUGGGAUAAUGCCCCCUAAGAUGAUACCAGAGGGAUCUUUCAUUCUGCCCCGAUUACAUAAAUCCUAAUGGAUAGCAGUUCAAAUCUGG